AUGGCAAUGACAACAUCAAAUCUCAAUUCUACUAAAACUAUUACUCGUCGUAGUACAGUUUCUGACCCAAAAAUAGUCAAUGAACAAGUCCUAUCGAAAGAGCUUGACCAAUUUUCACCUUUUAAAAUCAAUUCAACAAAAAAACAAAUAACAAGAUUUCCUAUAGAAAUUAUUCUUUCGAAAACAAUUGGUAGUGAAUGGCAAUCUAUACCCGACUAUCUUUGUUCAAAAAAUCCAUCUUUUGAAAAGAAACUCCAAACAAUUUUACCAUUAAUCAUGAAUUUAGAUGAAUUAAGAGAUACUGCUAUUCUCAUGCAUAAAAUUAUGUCGAUUGACAUAGUACAAUCUCUCUGGAUAGUCUAUCGAAAAUAUGGUAUGGAAGAAAUACAAUCCAAACGACCAAUCAAUGAAUCCGAUACAAAACUUUGGCCAAAAGAAGUUUCAUCACUCAUGGAACAGUUAAAAAAUGUUAAUAUUAUCGAUGAAAGUAGUUGUUUAAUUUUUGCCAAUCAAUGUUUACAAGAAUUGUACAAUAAAAAGGAACAUUAUCGACACGAAUUAAAUGUCAAGACCACUCGUUUAUCUGGUUAUAACUGUAACAUGAAAUAUACUAUUGAAAAAUUUGUGCAACAAGGACUUCAAUCUUUACAUAUUGAAAUCAAUGAAUAUAUUGCCACGGUUCAAUAUCAUUAUACCAAUUUAAUAUUUCAACACACUUAUUUUGCUCAAAAUCCUAAUACAAAUCAAUAUAAAAUACGAAAGAAUAGCAAAAAUUCAAAAUAUUUUCUAUUGCAUAUGGAUUUCAAUACAAUUGAUUUAACUCGAGCAGAACAAGCUACUUCUUUGUUAAUUAAUAAUGAACAACAAGAAUAUCAAUCAAGAACAUUAUUAGAUAAAAAUAAUGGACGAUAUGCUUAUUUACCUAUAUUUCCAACAGAAUAUGUUGGUCCAAAUGAGUAUUUACUUUUGGCUAAUGUACCAGUUAGUCGUCUUUCACCUCAUCAAAUUAAUCGACGUCAAUAUGGAGCCUAUACUUUCGAUGCACUGAUGCUGAUGAAUAAGUACACUUAUUCCGAUGAAUUUAGUUUAUCUGAACACGAUGCUAAUGAAUUAGCUUCACAAUUACAAGUAGGCAAAUCAAUAAUUACUUUCAAUGCACAACGACUUCGUAGCAUCUGUCAUACUCUUCUUGCAUUCCAUGAAUCAUUUCGACGACACGUUCUAUGUAAGAGUGAUGUUGCUCUAAAAGAACCAACACUCAAUUCGAGACAAAUGGCUAUGGCAUUGGAAUUCUAUUUACAAAUCGAUGUGGAUUUAUUCUAUAUGAAAACUUGUUCGUUUCGAGGAGCUCAACCUCCAUCUAAUAUAGAAGGUCUAUUUUGUGGAAGAGAUGAACCUCAAGCAAGAUAUUCAUUGGUUCCAUGUGAUAAUCUUUUUUGUCAAUGUUGUCUUCCAUUAAAUACUUACAAGAAAAGUCAACCAUGGCCAAUUGUUAAUUUUGCUUCAAGUUCAAUACAUCGAUUUCUCAAUGGUUAUACUACCUAUCUCAAUUGUCCAGCAGUAUGUUGUCCUUAA